AUGGCUUCACUAAAAGAACUUUUGAAGUCUGUUUCACAAGAAGAGCAAUUGCAAAAACAGCUUUUGGUUGUUGGCGGUCCAGCAGUGGGCCACAUUCAGCUUUUGAAUGCAUUUGGAAUCAGAGACGUCAGUAUCAUACCGUACGGAUUUCAUCUGGCAGAACGCGCAGAUCUUCAACUUUGUUUCCACUCUUUUGCUGGCGAAUAUGGUACGGUAUAUCAAGCAAUGAUUGACAGGCUUCUUGCGAACUCGCUGGUUGUCUAUAUUCUAGAUGCUCUGGAGCUAUUGAAGGACGAACCGACACAGGAAACAAUUUUCGAGCGUGUUUCUGCAUCUCUCAAACCAUGGAUUGAUGCCUGCUCUAAAGCCUUCAGAUGCUGUAUAUUAGUCCAGAAUGUGUCUCGUGUUGACUACAAUGUCAAAAGCGUCUCAAACAUUGAUUAUCUACAGCAAUUAGUGCGACUGAUCAUGAUGGAUAAAAAUGGCUCCGUACUGUUCUUUCAGGAAACAGAUACCCCUGAGGACAUUAUCCAGCUAUUGAAAGGCUCGGCUGAACUGCGGAUCAAAGACUAUGACAACGUGUUUGUGCCCAGCGGAAGUGAUAGCUACGGGAAGAUCAAAGUGCUUAACGAAGAUUUCGCAUGUGAGGAAACGCUUCAAAAAUGGCAUAGCGUGGAAACGGUCGCCAAAGAAGUGCCGGCCAACGCAACAUCGACCAAUUCAGAGAACCUGAGGCAAAAGUAUCAGGACUUCCUUAGACAGAUCCAUUUGGCUGUGUAA